UCUUUCUCGGCGUUUAGAAAUGAUCUUCGUGUGAUGGAUUGUCUUGCGGAUAUUUCUAUGGAACGUUUGUUAUUAUAGCUAGGAUACAUAUAAACGGAAUAUCUACAAUUGUUGAUCAGCACGGUGCCUUAGACUAUGUUGUGUAGAUAAUUUGUCUGUAAAAUAUAACAUGUGUUACAAAGAUGUAUCAUUUCGAGAAAAAAAGUUUUGUUUUUUUGUUUUAACUGUUAUAUGUAUGCAUUGAACGUCUGGCGUGUGGGAAGUUGGUAGAUAUGUAAUAAAGGUUAAUCAAACAUGAGAUAUACAUGACAAUAUGCUCAUAUACCCGCCUAAAUUCUGAAUGGAUUAAACACAGCGAAAAUGCCAUUGUCCUAGAAGAAAAGGUUCACAUUAUUUGAAAUAUUUCAAUACAUAUGUCAUGAAUAUCUGCCUUCUGAGCGUUGUCAUUCUACCGCUUUGCAUUAUGGGAUUUGAAUGUCCAGACGAAAUUAGCCGCGUGUGCACGUGCUAUACAACUUACACAGGAUCCGUCCGGCGGGAGGAACGUCGCCAUGUUGACUGUUCUUCUAGAGAAUUAAGAAAAGUACCUUACUUGGAUUUUCGGGAAGGUUCUCGUCUUUAUGAGAUUCGAUUACAAAAUAAUUCGAUAACAUCAUUACAAGCAAGAGACUUCGCAAGGAAGACUCAUGUUCGUAUACUAGAUAUUAGCGGGAAUCCGGUCGGCAGUUCUUUACGGAAAUCAUUACUGAAGAAAACUGUGCGUGGUAUUAAAGUUUUAAAAGUAAGGGACAUUGGUCUUGAUCUCCAAAAUAUGACGUCAUUAAAUUUUGUAAAGGAUUUGCAUACUCUAGAGGAAUUAGAUUUGUCUGGAAACCUGGAAUUUGGAGUAGAAAUGUUACCAGCAAUAUUUGUUGAGCAAGAAAUUCAUUCACUGAAAGUAUUAAGUCUGUCUCUCUGUAGAAUAAGGGAUAUAAAUCCUCACGGAUUUAUAGGACUCAACAAUCUACGAGAAAUGGAUCUUAGCCAGAACUAUUUAUCACGCGUUCCAAGGGCGUUAAACAGACUUAGCUUAUUGAGGAAGCUAACUCUACGAGAGAAUGACAUCACUGUGAUUUAUCAUGGGGAUUUUACUGAGUUAAAUUGUUUAGAAGAAUUAGAUUUAUCAAAAAACUUGCUUGGUCAAAUUGAAGCUUUCCGAAACGGAGCUUUGUUUGGGCUAGGUAACUCACUUACUCGGUUUCAUCUUCACAAUACUCAUUUAGGAUUUUUUCCUACGCGCACAUUGUCAGAACUGAAAGAAUUAAAGCAUUUAGAUAUUUCUCAUAACACUAUGAGAUUGCUUACUAAUGUAUCUUUUUCAGGAAGGUACAGUCUUACUUUCCUUGAUAUAAGUGGUAAUCCUUGGAUUUUAGACAACCAGAUGUUUGACGGAGUGAAAGACAGUUUGGUAACUUUACGCAUGAGUAAUGCUGGGAUGACGUCCGUUCCAAGGAUAGCGUUAGAAAAACUUCAUAAACUGAGAAAUUUAGAUUUGUCCAAUAAUGAACUGGGUUCUUUAGACAAUGACAGUAUAUAUGGAAUAUCUGCUAGACGUUUGUCCUUCCGAGGAAAUAAGAUAAGUUAUAUUAGUGCUGAUACAUUUUCCCAUUACAAGCGUCCCUUGGACAUUGACUUGUCUCAGAAUACAUUAGGUUCACUUGGAUUUGUAUUUGAAUCGGAAAAAUGUACUUUUUACAAUCUCAAUAUAUCAUAUAAUGGAUUUCUGUGUGAUUGUCAAAUCGAACAGCUUGUGAACUCGCGAAGGGUUUUUGAUUUAUUUGCUAACUGCAUUCUAAAGACUGGCCAAAAAGUGGCUAUCUCCAACGAAAGUAUGAUAUAUAAUUUGGAAAAACAUUGCGGGAAAUCUUCACGAACAUUUUGCUUGUGGUGGGCUCCAAAGUCAGGGACCAGUUUAUUCGGAACGAACCCCGUUCUGACAUUAUUUCUAUUGCUGUGUGUAUUUUAUCUCCUUACAUCUAGCUGAUAUGUUAAUAAAUGAGGAUAUGGA